AUGCCACAGUGGGGAGGUGGUGGUGAAAUAUGUCCACGUUGUCAGAAAACUGUUUAUCCAGCAGAAAAACUUGCUGCAUGUAGUGCUUCAUGGCAUAAAGGUUGUUUCAAAUGUAAAACAUGCAAUAGCAUUUUGACAUUGGCUUCAUACAAGGACUUUUCUCAAGAUAUUUAUUGCAAGAGUUGUUAUCAGGAUAAACUUCAUCCUCAUGAACGAAAUCGUAAACAAUUAGAAACAAAAUUUAAUAGACAACCUGGUGGUGGUGCUCAACCUGCAACAACAACAGAAGCAGCUUCAGCAUCUGAACCAGCUGGAGAAGAAUAA